GUUCAACAGUGCUGAUAAGGCAACGAGUCAGGUCUGUGGACUUUGCUUGCGGCAUUCAAAGACACAUUCGUAUUCAAAAUGGCGAAGUGGAGAGUAAACGGCUAGGAAACUCAACUCUACGAUUUUACCGAAGACUUGCGAAAUAUAAAUAGGAAUUACGGUACCGUUGAAAUCGUCAGGCUACGCUCUGUGUGACGUAGUAUUUUAUUCAAUAUAAGCGUCUAAAGGCUGCACUUUGCAGGAUGAAACACGACGCUACUAUCAACGGAUAUGACUCGUCGGAGAACUGCACAAGUGGUUCGGCAGGAGUGUACAAUGUGUUCAAUAUGUGCUUGGUGUCUGUUAUUCAGCAUAUUGGCUUUGGUGUUUCGUUUAUUGCCAUUGCUCUUUGGUUUGGAUCACACUUUCUAAUGUUGAAGACGAACUAUCAGGAUUCCAAGACAAGUUUUAAUCACCUAUUUUUUACACUUCAUCUGGCUUUGGCGAAUGUCUUUAACCUCAUCGGCUGUGUAUUAAGCAACCAGAUUGGAACCAUGGUUUUAACAGCAAUAUAUUUUCUGGUGAUGGACACCAUAUUUAUUGGGCAGUACUUCUACAAUGUAUAUGCGAAGAAGCCACGACCGGUCGAUGGAUUUCAAUACAGUAAUUUUUCGCAUCCAGGUGUCGUUAAUAAUCUUGAAUGGAAGAGUAUCAAACAGAAAAGUGGUUCAUUAACCCGACAUAAGACGAAUGGAGCAGGCUUCCGAGUGUUGUGCAUCGGGACGUCAUGUGUCCUAACAGUUUCGUAUUUAGGCAGCUGGUUGAUCCCUAGGCCUCAAGUAGGAGAAUCAAUUCAGAAACGGUCUCCGAGUGGACGCGUCCUCCUCGGCGCAUCUGAAGAUUUCCUCCAGGAGGAUGGUGAACUAACUGGCUACAUAAUCGGUUCAAUUUCCACUUUAUUAUAUGUAGCCUACAAGAUUCCAGAGGUCAUAUCAAUGAAGCGACAUCGGACACACAUGGGCAGGUCUUUUUAUUGCUACUUUCUGCAAAUAUUCGCCAAUAUAGCCUACGUUUUAUCAAUUUUAUCCUACGACCGGGAAACCUCGGAUUACAUCAUAAAUACGUUACCAUGGACGAUUGGAAGCAUCGGGAUGAUUACUUUCAAUCUUGUUAUCUUAUCUCACUUACUAAAAAACAAGCGUCCGAAGCAAAAGUCUUCCAAAAGAAUGCGCAAUAGCCCGACCUACCGAAUCGCCGAUGAAGACGAUGUCGAAGACCCGAACGGAAACAGGUUCGACGGAGACGAGGGGGAUGUUGACUCGUGGGUUCAAAUGGACGAUGUAGGAGGAAGUCUUCCGAGAAUCGAGGAAGAAGAUGAGGAGGAACAAAGAGUUGUGGAUAUGGUAACCACACAUGCUAAGAUGGAACUAGUGGCCGAUGAUAAUUACGAUGACGUUACCAGGACAUCAGAGUCCGAGCUAAGUUACAGGUCAAGUAAUAAUUCUGUUUACAUGGACUCAAUAGAAGAUCCAACUCAACUGGAACCAGACGAUCUUGAGUGGGAUGAGGGUGACAUAUCAAGGUCAGUUGAGACGCCCCAGCAAGGAACAAGAGAAGAGGAUGUUAUGGAGGAAAUUGAACGGGAGCUAGGAAUGUCGGUUGAAGCCUUCUUAGCAGCCGACUCCACAACGAUCCGCUCACCAAGAACAGCAGAGUUCAUGAGUGAGCAGGAGCAAAAGGAGGCUGAUGGGCAGAUAAUGGAAGAGGAGAAAGAUACAGAAGAUGAUUUGGAGGAAUUCUGGGAAGAAUUGGAUAUCAUGAAGGCAUGAGAAUAUUGCAGACAAGAAAAUUAAAAUCCAUCAUUUUUUUCUCAGGACCAAAAUAGCUUCACUCUUAAAUCUCACACUAGGUCCAGUGGGAGAACACAUGUUAGCUAGCUAAACGGUACUAAAGGUUAAAUAAGAACCAAAUAAGCAUAUAUCAGUGUUGAAUAUUAGCAUAGAUGCUUAAAGUUUCACAAGCAUGUGAAACUUUAUAUUCAAUCAUUUAAUAUAUUCUUUAAGUUACUUUAUUCUAUGUUCCCAUAAAUCUUGGACUAAGCAGCAAAUUUUUUUUUUGUUUUUUAAGCAAAUUAUUCUAGAAAAAAAUGGAUAAUAAUUAAGUACAAAAAAUAAUGUAAAUAAGAAGUUUCCAAUCCCCAUGAAGUGGAGCUGUACAUUUUGUAUGAUUAAUCCUAGAGAGUGGUACCAUUCAGGGCGUGAUUAAACCCAGGCUGGUUUAGACUACAAAUUUCUUCAGAGCACAGCCUGGCUCGCUACAUUAUCUCAUUGUAGCUUCUGUACACAUGAUUGUGAGCUCACAUCCAGUACUUCAUGGUUAGACAGGCCAAUUGAAAGUGCUAUAUAAUCCUAAACAUAAAUAUCUGAUUCGAAAACUUCCCAUGUAUACAAGCAUUCCAUGUAGGUAAAGAAAAAAUUAUUCCAGGAUAUUUUUAAAUUACAGUAAUUUCAAAUAACAUCUAUAUUAGAAAAAAAAAUGAAUUUUCAUAAAGAAUACUAAACAUAUAUUUAACUUACACUCUUAAAACUAUUUAUGAAAAUAUUUAAUCAGGAGGCUUUCAAAUCAUAUUUUAUAAAUUAUGUGUAAUAUAUUUCUAUUUAAGGAUUUCAUGGAUUUUAAGAUAGUUGCAAAUCAUUACAUUUGAUUAAAAAAUAAUUAAAAACAUAAUUUUAUGGGUUUCUAUCAUACUUUGCAAAUCAAUACAUUUAACAUAUUUAUUUCACUUCACAAAUGUUUCUACCAUUUAUUUGCCUUAAUUAAAAUAAAUAGAGAAUGAUUACAACUUUAAAAAUAAUAGAGAUAAAAAACAGAGAUUGGCUUCCAAAAGAAAGUAAGAUGUACUAUCAGUUAAAAUAUAGCCAAAAAUAGAGUCUAUAAUUAAAUAAACUAUGCAUAUUGUAA